ACUCUUUGUCUUAAAUCCACCUCUUUUCUCUCUUUAGCGACCACCACCACCACAUUUCUCUACUCCUUUCUCCGAAUCUUCUCUACACAGCCUUCGAGAUCUUCUUCUUCUUCCUCCCCCUUCACAGAUCUAAAGAUCGCAAUAACCGAAGAAACAAAUCUCCAAUAAGUACGACUCCGUUUUCAACUCCGACGAAUCUUCCUCCGUAUAUCUUGCAAAGAAACCUCUCCUAAAUCUCCAAUCGAAAACUCAAAUCCGGUUUAGGAGAAUGGCGCCGAGUAUCCGCAAAGCGAUCGGAGCGGUUAAGGACCAAACAAGCAUCGGGAUCGCGAAAGUAGCGAGCAACGUGGCGCCAGAUCUGGAGGUAGCCAUCGUGAAAGCCACGAGCCACGACGACGACCCCGCGAGCGAGAAGUACAUCCGCGAGAUCCUCAGCCUCACCUCCCUCUCCCGCGGCUACAUCCUCGCCUGCGUCACCUCCGUCUCGCGUCGCCUUGGUAAAACUCGCGACUGGGUCGUCGCACUCAAGGCCCUGAUGCUCGUCCACCGCCUCCUCAACGAAGGGGACCCUCUCUUCCAGGAAGAGAUCCUCCACUCCACUAGGCGUGGGACGAGGAUGCUCAACAUGUCCGACUUCCGCGACGAGGCGCACUCGAGCUCGUGGGAUCACUCGGCUUUCGUCAGGACUUACGCUUUUUAUUUAGAUCAGAGGCUUGAGUUGGCUCUGUUUGAGAGGAAGAGUGGUGGUACUGGAAACAGUAGUUAUCAUAGCAAUAACGAUGACCGUUACGGUAGAGGAGGAAGAGAUAACGAUUUUCGAUCUCCGCCUCAGAGAUCUUACGAUUACGAGAAUGCUGGAGUUCCUAAGAGAUCUCGGUCUUACGGAGAUAUGAAUGAGAUGGGAGGAGGGAAAGCCGCCGCAACCGCGGCGACUACGCCGUUACCGGAGAUGACUCCAGAGAGGAUAUUCGGGAAGAUGGGGCAUUUACAGAGGCUGCUUGACCGGUUCUUGACGUUGAGACCGACCGGUUUAGCUAAGAACAGCAGAAUGAUACUGAUCGCGUUGUAUCCCGUCGUGAGGGAGAGUUUUAAGCUUUAUGCCGAUAUCUGCGAGGUGUUGGCUGUAUUGCUUGACAAGUUUUUCGAUAUGGAGUAUGCGGAUUGCGUCAAGGCCUUUGACGCUUACGCGAGCGCGGCGAAACAGAUCGACGAGCUUAUCGCGUUUUAUAAUUGGUGUAAGGAGACUGGCGUGGCGAGGUCGUCUGAGUACCCGGAGGUUCAGAGGAUUACUAGUAAGUUGUUGGAGACGUUGGAAGAGUUUGUUAGAGAUAGGGCGAAGAGAGGGAAGAGUCCUGAGAGGAAAGAGAUCGAAGCUCCUCCUACUCCUCCACCGGUGGAGGAGGAGCCUGAACCUGAUAUGAACGAGAUCAAAGCGCUUCCUCCUCCGGAGAAUUACACUCCUCCUCCUCCGCCGGAGCCUGAACCUGAACCGGCGAAACCGCAGUACACGGAGGAUUUGGUUAACUUGAGGGAAGAUGGAGUCACCGGUGAUGACCAAGGGAACAAGUUUGCGCUCGCGCUAUUCGCGGGUCCCGCUGGAAGUAACGGGAAAUGGGAAGCGUUCCCGUCGGAUAAUGGAGUGACUUCCGCGUGGCAGAAUCCUGCUGCGGAGCCAGGGAAAGCGGAUUGGGAACUGGCAUUGGUUGAAACAGCUAGCAACUUGGAGAAACAGACAGCAGCGUUAGGCGGCGGGUUUGAUUCUCUGCUGCUCAACGGGAUGUACGAUCAAGGAGCGGUUAGGCAGCACGUGAGCACCUCGCAGUUAACAGGUGGCAGCGCGAGCAGCGUAGCGUUACCUCUACCGGGUAAAACCAACACUCAAGUGUUGGCCUUGCCUGCACCAGAUGGAACCGUGGAGAAAGUGAACCAAGACCCGUUCGCAGCUUCGCUGACCAUCCCGCCACCUUCGUACGUGCAAAUGGCUGAGAUGGAGAAGAAGCAGCAUCUGCUGAGCCAAGAGCAGCUGCUGUGGCAGCAGUACCAGCGUGAAGGAAUGAGAGGUCAAGCUAGUUUGGCGAAGAUGAACACUGGUCCAGUUCCGGGUGGAAUGCCUUACGGAAUGCCACCUGUCAAUGGGAUGGGACCAGCACCGACGGGGUAUUACUACAACAAUCCUUACUGAUUCAUUCUAUUUGUUAUUUGCUCCACCCGUGUUAUUGUGUAUGUGUAGAUGACUCGUCUGUUUGUUCUAUUUGUUCACCUUCGAUCUCGUGUGUUUUUUUGAAAUCUCUCGUGUUUCUUGCUCGAGUUUGAAUUUAUAGUUUGUGUACACUUUAUUGAGAAUCUUGGUUCCAUUUUGUAUAACACAUUUUUAAUAUCUCUAA